AUGAAUAAAAAUAUAAUAUUGUUAUAUAUAGUUUUUAUUGGGCCUUUCUUUAUUGCCUUAUUUUUAUAUGGGUUUUUUCCUUUAAUAAAUUAUGAUAAUACUAAAGCUACACAAGAUAAUAUUCCAAAAUCUAUAGAAAAUGUGAGAAUAAAAAGAGAUGCACUAUAUCAACCUAUGGUUAAAAAAUUGAUCAUUAUGAUCAUUGAUGCUUUAAGAUGGGAUUUUAUAACAGGAUCAAUUGGAAAGAUUGCAAUGCCUGUAACAAGUAGUCUCAUAGAAAAUUCUUCAGUUUCUUUGUUAAAAACUAAAGUACAUUCACCAACUGUUACAAUGCCUAGAAUAAAGGCAAUUACCACUGGUAUGAUACCAAGUUUUAUUGAUGUAGCUUUAAACUUUGGAAGUAAACCAGUUACUGGUGAUAAUAUAUUUUUUCAAGCAAAACAAGCUGGUUAUAAGUCAAUAUUUUAUGGAGAUGAUACUUGGAUUACAUUAUUUCCUUUUAUAUUUGAUCGUUAUGAUGGUACCACAUCAUUUUUUGUAACAGAUUUUACUGAGGUUGAUUAUAAUGUAACUAGACACAUACAUAAAGAAUUAUAUAAUAAUAAUGAUUGGUCUAUAAUGGUUCUUCAUUACUUAGGACUUGAUCAUAUUGGUCAUGUUUAUGGACCAUUUAAUCCAUUAAUUAAAACAAAACUUAAAGAAAUGGACAAUGUAAUAGCAAAAAUUCAGUUUAAAGUUCAAGAAUGGAAUCAAAAUAAUGAUUCUACUUUGUUUAUUAUUUGUGGGGACCAUGGGAUGAAAGAUUCUGGUGGUCAUGGUGGUUCAACAAUAUCAGAAACAAUUGUACCUUUCAUUGCAAUUGGUGGAGAAUAUCAUCAAAAUUACAAUAAUCCCAUAGAAAUAUCACAAAUAGAUAUUGCAUCUACACUAUCUGUUAUUUUGGGAUUACCAAUACCACAUUCUAAUAUAGGAACAGUUUUUUUAGAUGAUUUAUAUAACUUAUCUAUCUCAAAGAAAUUAUUUAUACUUUAUUAUAAUUCAAAGCAAGUUUUUAGUCAUUUUCAAAAGCUAGUUGAUUAUGAGUCUAAAUAUGCAUAUAAAAAAUAUUUGGAAGCAAUAAGGCUUCAUAAUGCUUGGUUAAAUACUAAAGAUCAUCCAGAUAGCAUAACAGAUGAUAUUGUGCUUUCCUAUAAGAUUGCACUAAAGGAAAUGAAAGAAAUUCUAGUAAACAGUACAAUAAAAUAUGAUUUUCAAAUAAUAAUAAUAGCUAUAAUUUUUCUAUGUCAUAUUACUUGUAUUUUAAUAGGAAAAAUAUCUUUUAGAUCACCUACAUUAAAAAGUAUUAUAUUUUUCAUUAUUUUAAAUAUAUUUUCAUGGAUAUUAAUCAAUCAUUUUUGGAAACAAGAAAAUAUAUCAUUACUGCAUACAAAAAAUCUAAUUGCCAAUAUAAUAGUAUUAUGUAUCAUAAUUGUUUUAAUUAUACAUUCUUAUCUAUUUGUCAAUAUUAAAGAUUUCAAUAUUUUUAUGUCUGAGAAAACAAAAAAUGGAAUAGGAAAAUGGUUUCUUUCAUUUGGAGCAUUAAUACAUGCAAUUAGUCUUGGUAGUAGUAGUUUUGUAGAAGAAGAACAUCAAACAUGGUAUUUUUAUUGGGUCACAGUUCUUAUAUUGUUACUUUACCAUUUUAUCGCGAAAUAUUUUUCAAGAGAUUUUUUAUAUAUACAAUAUUACAAGAACUGCCGACAAUAUUUACAUGUACAAAUUAUCAUUAAACUUUUAUUACUAUUGAUAGGACACAGAAUUCUCAGGAAAUUAAAUAGUACUGGGGAUAAAUAUGCUCAUCUUCCUGAUAUAGCAGGAUUUUUAUUAAAACAAGAAAACAUAUUAAGCAUGACAAUUGUACUUGUUACUGGUCUUAUACUUUUGAUAUGGAUUGAUUUUAGCCAUGAAAGUAAAACACAUAAAAUACAAUCAUUAGCACUUAAUUCAAUAAUUAGUAUAUGUAUUUAUCUUCGUCAUAUGCAUAAUGGUAAUGUUGCCAAAAUAGUGUUUUAUCCCAAAACUAGUGGAGUAUACGAAGUACAAAUUUUUUGGUUUUUACUCUUGAUAAAUUUUUUAACUUACAUUUAUAAUAUAAUCCAAACCAAAAAGCACAACGCCAAAUUCUUUUUAAAAAUUUCUUUAUAUUUUAUUCUAAAAACGUGGAUUAUGAUCUCAGCAAUGCUCCAUAAGCCACACAAUGUGAUACUUUUACCAUUUCAAAUAAUAUUUAGCAAUGUAAUUUCUGAAAUAAUUAAAAACGGUAUUUCUCAAGAUGUUGGUGUGAUCUUAUAUAUCUGGAUUGGCAAUGUAUUUUAUUUUUAUCAGGGAAAUUCCAAUAGUUUAGCAACUAUUGAUGUAGCUGCGGGUUAUGUUGGUGUACAAUCGUAUAUCCCAUUUAUUAAUGGUUCAUUAUUAUUAAUUAAUACUUAUUCAUCUCCGGUUUUGGCCUAUUUUUUGCUUAUUUAUUAUUCGAUCUUGGAACAUUCAUAUAAUAUUUAUGAAAUAGUCACACAAAUUAAUAAAAUGUACAUAAUGUGGAGAUUAAUACCAAUGACUUUAUAUACAAUUAUAAUUAGUAUUCAACGCCAUCAUUUGUUCAUAUGGUCAGUAUUCUCGCCGAAAUUAUUAUAUGAAGCUACAUAUUUCACUAUUAUGUGUGUUGUCGUAUUUAUUGUGCUAAUUUUGACCACUCUACAAAAAAUCAUAAAUAAAUUAUGAUUUUAUAUUUUUUA